CAAACAUGUCAUUUAAUAUAAAAAGUUCAUUUGUCUCUCGUGCUAUUGUACAAGCUAAUACAGAGCAAGCAUUAGAAUCAGAUAAGAAGACUUCAGAAGUUAAAGCACAAGAUUAUGAUCCAAGAACACUAUACGAGCGUCUUCAAGAACAAAGGAUGCUACGCGAAGAACAGUUUGCAGAAGAAUCUCGCUUAUCAAACCAUAUCAAACGCAUCGAUGAAGAGGAGGCAGAAUACUUUAAGACAUUAUCUGAAGAAAAAAGGAAAAAGGAAGAAGAGAGAAAACGCAAUGAACAAUUAGAACUGGAAAAGUUUCGUCAAGAAGUUGAAAGCGCAAGGAAUUCGACAACUACAACUACUAUGACUACUACCACAGCAGCAACAGCAACAACAACAACAAAGACAACUACAGCUACAACGUCCGUGGGACAAAAACGACCACUUCAAAAGAAAAAUAAAUACAAGGACCUUGUAGUGAUAAAGAAACGAGGUAGGGAAGACGAAGAAGAAAACAAAGAAAAAGAAGAAGAGAAGAAAGAGGUGAAAAAGGAGGAUAGUCCAGCGACGAAACGAACCAAGACAAGUGGUAAUGGGUCCCUUUCUUUACUGUCAGCCUACAGUGAUGAUGAAGAGGAUGAUUAGAUAUGCUUUUGAUCCGUAACUGCAAAAAUGAGAAGAGACAUGUAAAGCAAACAAACUGUUUUUAUAUGAUUUUCUUAUAUAUAUUCUUUAUAUUCCCCUUUGGAGCCUUACAUGUAUAUGUUAAUUGAUAUGAAUUAUGCAUAAAUUUAGGGAAAAGAAUAGCAAUGAGAAAAGAGCAAGAAAGACAAAAAAUAUAAAAAAAUAAAGCACAGCUAUUAAACACAUAAGCAAAG